AUGAGUAAUACAUCACAAUUUGAUGUAGCUACAGCUGCACUUGAACAUCUUGAAUUACUAAAUCAUUCCAAUCAAAAUCCACUUGAAAUUGCUGCACAAUUUCGAACACUUUUACGUUCAAAUAAACCAAACAUACCUACGACUGAUUAUACAUAUACAGAUUAUAUAUCAGCUGAUGCAACAAUUCGACGACAUGGAUGUUUUUGUAAAUUAGCUGAUCAUCGAUCAAAAUCAUUCAAUAAUAAAAUUCAAUAUAAUUUUGAUGAAGAUCAAUCUUUACCAGAAUCCUAUACUUCUUGUGAUUUAUCUAAAUAUCAGAAUAUUAUUAGUUCAACAGAAGACAGUUAUCCUGAAUCAACUAUUAGUUCUGAUUCUAGUGAAUUACCAAAUAAUCAUAAAAUAUCAACAGAAAAUCUUAAUUCAAAUCAUCGUUUACAAUAUCCAACUGUUAAUUGGAAACAAUUACGUGAAAAACAAAUUGAAGCAAAAUUAAAUCGAGCAAAAGAAUUUCUUUCAACAACAUUAAAAACAAAUCGUCUAUCACAACUAGAAACAACAAAUAAUUCAACUCUAAGUUCAUUAACAAAUGUUUCAGAUAGAAUUAAAUCAUAUAGAUUUUUAAAUCCAUAUGAAAUACGAAAAAAUUUUGAAGAAAAUAAUUUGAUAGAUAAUUCUUUUUCACAUCCUCGAUCAACAUCAUCAUCACCUUCAAUUCGUACACCAUCAAUAUCACCAAUUGAUCGUACUCGACCAACUUAUACAAUAUCAAGAUUAAAUUCAACAUUAAUAAAUCAUAAUAAUGAUGAAAUAUUGGUUCCUAUAGCUGAUUGUAAUCUUAUUAUUAAACAUAAAGCUAAUAUACGAACUAAACGACUAUCCUAUGUAGAAAAUUUAUGUAAUGAAAAUGAACUUCCUUAUAGGAAUUUAAAAAACUCAGUUUAUAUUUAA